CAGCAGGGCGGCCGGCGCCGGCAUUCGAGUGUGGUCCGGCAAGCGUGUCGGAAGGUGUGCUGGCAGGAGCAGCAAUGUUGGUGCCCUCGGACAUGAUGACGGCGCAGUCCAAGAUGAUGUACCAGCUGAACAAGUACUACGGUGAGCGGGUGCACGCCCGCAAGGCCCUCGUGGCCAAGACGAUCCGCGAGGUGUGUAAGGUGGUGCAGGACGUGCUGAAAGAGGUGGAGGUGCAGGAGCCGCGCUUCAUCAGCAGCCUGACCGAGUGCAACGGCCGCUACGAGGGCCUGGACGUGGUGUCGCCCAACGAAUUCGAGGUGGUGCUCUACCUCAACCAAAUGGGCGUGUUCAACUUCGUGGACGACGGAACGUUACCGGGCUGCGCGGUGCUCAAGCUGAGCGACGGCCGCAAGCGUUCCAUGUCCCUCUGGGUCGAGUUCAUCACGGCGUCCGGCUAUCUAUCGGCCAGGAAGAUCAGGUCGCGCUUCCAGACGCUGGUGGCGCAGGCGUGCGACAAGUGCAGCUACCGCGACUCGGUCAAGAUGAUCGCGGACACGACGGAGGUGAAGCUGCGCAUCAGGGAGCGGUACGUGGUGCAGAUCACGCCGGCGUUCAAAUGUUCGGGCGUGUGGCCGCGGAGUGCGGCCCACUGGCCCAUUCCGCACAUCCCGUGGCCGCACCCCAACUUGGUGGCCGAGGUGAAGACCGAGGGCUUCGACCUGCUGUCCAAGGAGUGCGUGGCCAUGCAGGGCAAGCAGUCGGCCAUGGAGGGCGACGCCUGGGUGCUCAGCUUCACCGAGGCCGAGAACCGGCUGCUGCAGGGCGGCUGCAGACGCAAGUGCCUCAGCACGCUCAAGACCCUGCGCGACCGGCACCUCGAUUUGCCGGGCAACCCGGUCACCUCAUACCACAUGAAGACGCUGCUGCUGUACGAGUGCGAGAAGCACCCGCGGGAGAUCGAGUGGGACGAGAGCUGCCUCGGCGACCGCAUCAACGGCAUCUUCCUGCAGCUCAUCUCGUGUCUGCAGUGUCGCCGUUGUCCGCACUAUUUCCUGCCCAACCUCGACCUCUUCAAGGGCAAGUCACCCAGCUCGCUGGAGAACGCGGCCAAGCAGGCGUGGCGCCUCACACGCGAGCUGCUCACCAACUCGCGCUCCCUCGAAAAGCUGUGAGUCGCUGCCCCGCGCAGAGACACUUUUUCCCAAAUUUAGCCCCAAAUUUAGUGAUUGUGCGGACAUUGUGAGAGAGGACAGUUGUUGUUUUCAGUUCGAUUGUCUGUCUAUAUGUACAUCGCGCGAAUGUCCCGAAAGUGAGCAGUGUGUGUGGACGAGAAAGACUCACGCGUACACGUACCAGAAGGUAACGUAGAGCCCCCGUCUCACCGCGCAGAGAGGAGAUAUAUACAAUUCUCUCCUAUUAUAGCUUGAUUUUAUUAUGAAAAAUAUUUAAAGAUGCCGAGCAAGUCGACUUUAGAGCAUUUUGUGAUCUUUCCUUAUGAAAUACGAAUCCUUUUGUACAGUGUUUGUUAACAUCGAACAUUUUUAAAAUGAACAAUAUAGCGACUGAUUUAAUGAUUAGUUUUUUCUUUGUGACAACUAUGAUUAUAAUACUCGCAUAUAUAGUUAUGUGUCUCGUAAAUUAAAGCAGAAUAAAAUAGAUGACUAAGAGUCAUACUUCUUAAAAGAUCAAA